AUGAAGUUUACCACCGCCCUUUCCGCCGUCGCCAUCUUUAUUCUUCCCCGCCUCGCCGACGCGGGGGCAAUCUCAAACUUCUUUUUUCCAAAAGAUUGCGUUGUCCGACUCGGCACUCCGUCCUCGGGCAUAGCCGAUUCUGUUACAAAGUGCAUAAAACGUGGUUCAUCUGGUGAACUUCGAACUGAUGAUGGAGACGUGGUCAAUUUCGUUACAGACGACAAAUGCAAUCCGAGUGUGGCACCGGGGAGCACCCUACCGCCCACUAAGGUGUUAGACGUGGCCAGGAUGUGCAACGCCAAGUAG